AUGUUUCCAUUUUGCCUUUUUGAAAAUACAUGGGAUGACCUCGGGAAAUUACUGAAGAUGAUUACUAUUUUUAUGUCCAGUAUCCAGUGCAGAGCACCUAUCAUUCGGUUAUGCAUCUCAAUAUGCGAAUCGCUAUCUGCCCAGCGUCAGAGCGCUGGCUCCGAUAACGCCGUCUCCAAUGGACAUCCCGCUCGGAGAAGGAGACUUCUUCAUGCCCGACUGAGCAGCACAGACUCAGUCUAUUACGAGCAGCCCUUUGCGUUAAUUAAUAAUAUAUCACUAACAAUAAUGCUAGACUAG